AUGGAAGGCUCAGGCCGCGUGGACGUGGCCACGGAGCACGAUGCAGGCUCGCGCAGGGAGCGGCCAUGGCUGUAUGCGUCGAAUCGGAAGCUUCGACAUCUCCAUGGAAUAUCCGUUCGUAAUCUCAUGGUCACUGCACCCCCAACACGAGGCCGAGGCAAGACGAUUGAUGACGAUGAUAUCCCCAACGCCUUGAAGUCGCCCGCCAAAAUUAUGGCGCAGAAUGAGAGUCGCUCAAUUCAUCCUUCGAGGUCCUUUACAGAUCUCAAAUCGCGCGCGACUCAAGAGAAUCAUGAGGAUAAGAGGGCCGACAGGCUGCAGUCGCGACGUCGAAGUACUAUGUUUUGGAACGAUCCCAACCCCCGAACAAGGCAGAUCAGACUGGAGGAUAUUACGAAAAAUCGCAUGGCAGAUACAUUCUUCUCAAUCCAUUGCGAGGGUAUCGAUGAACCGAUUUACAUUAGCGAAGUGGUCGACAAGGCGACCAAUCCCAACUUUCGAUCCUUUGACCUGAAUUCCUUGGGACCCUUGGUCUCUCGGAGGGACUCUUUGACUGUCAAGCUGUGGGUAAAGACUGAGGAUUUACCGGAAUAUGUGCUACUUGUUGAAUUGCAAUUGAACCUACGGUCGUUGCAGUUCGUGGGAAGGACGAUUGAGAGCUUUCAUCAACCACUUCCGACUAAUUGCGUCCUGUUUCACUUUUCAGACGGAGUCUAUACAAAUCUGACAGAUUUUUCGUCGAUCGAGCCGCCUCUCAACGGCUCAGGGCAGCGGGUCAAUGCUGAUGGAAUCACACUACCCACCUCAUCUUAUGAUGCAUUGAUGCGGUUGGCCAAUCUGGAUGAAUGCAUUCAGGAUGCUCUGGCAACUCGAGAGAGAUUGGAAGCGCAGAUUGGUGACAUUCUGAAACGUAACGAAGACGCUCUGGAGACAGAAUCCAGUGCUGGCCAAGCAGGAGAUCGCCUUUCAUCUAUCAAGCAAGCUGUUCUGGCCGAGCGAAGGCAGAUCAGGGCCAGUAAUAAGCGAAAGGAAGAGCUUGUUGCGAGUAUCAAGGCUCGGAAAGAAGCUAUGGAGCAGGGUCGACUCAUGCAAGAAAAGGCCCGAAGCCAUCUUCCGGACGCUCAAGAAAAGCUGGUUGCUAGUGAAAAACUGCUUCAUCAGAAUUCAGAAGAUACGAAGGGCCAGAUAAGUCGCAUUGCAGAGGACUUGUCGUCCAUCUACCCCAUCGAGCCCAUCCCCGACAAAUCACUUGCCUUCACCAUCUGUGGACUCCCUCUUCCCAACUCCAACUUCGAGGGCAUUGAUCGCGAAGUAGUUGCAGCGGCACUGGGAUACACUGCUCAUCUAGUAUAUCUGCUUUCUUUCUAUAUGUCGGCAGUCAUACCCUAUCCAAUUAACCCAAACCAGUCGACUUCCUUAAUUCAGGACCCCGUGUUCCAGGACCUCCCACAGCGCACAUUUCCCCUUUACCCAGGUAGUGUUCAAUACCGCUUCGAGUACGGUGUCUUUCUUCUAAACAAAGACAUUGAAUUUCUCCUCAACAAGACGGGUAUUCGCGGCUUGGAUAUUCGCCACACCCUCCCCAAUCUGAAAUAUCUCCUUUACAUUCUCACGGCUGGCGUGUCUGCGAUUCCAGCACGCAAAGCCGGAGGGAUUCGCGGACUUCUCUCUGGGCGCCUGACGCCCAAUUUGUCUCGCCGUGGUAGUAUGGAUAGCGCUGUCUCUGGCGAAUUGGUCCAGCCCCGCAAGGCUUGGGAUCUGAUAGCCAGGAUGAAUGGACAUGCCUUGGAUAGCACACCAAAGACGACGAACACGCCACUGUCAUCUCGUGUGGCUUAG